ACACACACACGAUGGCAGAAGCCAGUAUUCCAGUGGCUCAGGAUGAGUUCUCGUGUCCGGUGUGUCUGGAUCUGCUGAAGGAUCCAGUGACCGUUCCCUGUGGACACAGUUACUGUAGGAGCUGUAUUACAGACUGCUGGGAUCAGGAGGAUCAGAAGAGAGUCUACAGCUGUCCUCAGUGCAGACAGACCUUCAGUCCAAGACCUGCUUUAUCUACCCAUGUCCUGCUGGCUGAAGUGCUGGAGAAACUGAAGAAGACCAGACUCUCUGCUGACUGUGAGGCUGGAGCUGGAGAUGUGCAGUGUGACGUCUGUACUGGGAAGAAACUCAAAGCCGUCAAGUCCUGUCUGGUGUGUCUGAACUCUUACUGUCACAAUCACCUCGAGCAACACGAGAGCUUCUUCAGAGGAAAGAAACACAAACUGACCGAAGCCACUGGACGACUGCAGGAGAUGAUCUGCACUAAACAUGAAGAACCGCUGAAGCUCUACUGCAGAACCGACCAGCGCUGCAUCUGUUAUCCGUGUGUGAUGGAGGAACACAAGAACCAUGAAACUGUGACGGCAGAAGAAGAGAGGACAGAGAAACAGAGGAUUCUGAAAGAGACACAAGUAAAGUAUCAGCAGAGAAUCCAGCAGAGAGAGAAAGAUCUCCAGCAGCUGAGAGAGACUGUGGAGUCUCAUAAGCGCUCUGCACAGACAGCAGUGGAGGACAGUGAGAGGAUCUUUACUGAGCUCAUCCGCUCCAUUGAGAGAAGCCGCUCUGAGCUGAUACGACUGAUCCGAGAUCAGGAAAAGACUGCAGUGAGUCGAGCUGAAGAACGACUGGAGCGACUGGAGCAGGAGAUCAAUGAUCUGAGGAGGAGAGACGCUGAGCUGGAGCAGCUUUCACACACACACGAUCACAUCCAGUUCCUGCAGAGUUUCUCCAUCUCUCCUGAAUCCACAGAGCAGCUCAUCACCAUCUGCUCUCAGCUUUCUUUCAGUCAUGUGGAGAAAUCAGUCUCUAAGCUGAAAGAGAAACUAGAGGAAUUCUGCAAAGAAGAGAUUGAACAGAUAUCUGGCAGAGUGACAUACAGUGAAAUUAUUCCCCUCAAAGCACUGAAGACCAGGCCAGAGGUCCUGCAGCAUUGCAGGUUUCUGACUCUGGAUCCAAACACAGCAAAUAAACGCCUCCAUCUGUCUGAAGAAGACAGAGCAGCUACUUACACCGACACAGAUCAGCCGUAUCCUGAUCAUCCAGACAGGUUUGAUAGUUAUUCUCAGGUGUUGUGUAGAGAGAGUGUGUGUGGACGCUGUUACUGGGAGCUGCAGUGGAGUGGAGAUGAAGUGGAGAUAUCAAUGUCAUAUAAGAGCAUCAGCAGGAAGGGACGGAGUAAAGAGUCUGAGUUUGGAUGUAAUGAUCAGUCCUGGAGUUUGAGCUGCACUUCCUCCAGUUACUCAUUCUGGCACAAUAACAUAAAGACGGAUCUCCCUCUAGAGAGAAUAGGAGUGUUUGUGGAUCACAGUGCAGGAACUCUGUCCUUCUACAGCGUCUCUGACACAAUGAGCCUCAUCCACACAGUCCAGACCACAUUUACUCAGCCGCUCUAUCCUGGGUUUAGUGUUUAUUCUCAAUCAUCAGUGAAACUGUGUGAUCCAACAGCAGAGAUAGAUACCUGAGUCUGCGACUUGCACUCGAGUCACAAAAAAACUUGACUUGGACCUCUGAAGAUCUGACUCAAGACUUAACUUAGAUUUGAAGACAGACUCGUGAAAACACAGUUCAUUUGUGUCAUGAUCCCAGUCUUGUUUAAGGACUUUUAAGCUGAAGUGUUCACUUGACAGAAAGGUUUAAAGGUUUACGGUCUUACAGAAAUGUACAUAUUUUACAAAAAAUGUAAAUGAAUGACAGUCAUAAUAAACAUAGUAGUAUCUAGUAUGCUCCUCAGGCUUGCACAAUAUCAUCAACUCACUCAUCAGAAUCUUCGGUAACCAGUUGUUUGGACCGGCUCAUUCGGUUCUUUGUGAGUUGGACGUGCUUCUUCAGCUGUGCGUCCUUCAUCAUCGACUCAGAACUAAAGUUCAGUUCACAGUGUGUUCCAAACAGGAUAUAACGCCCUCUGAAGGGCACUUAAGAACAGUCAUGGCCACCAUAUUGAAGGGUCGUUCCAAACCGAAAUGCUCAAAACUUGCCACUUCAAAGGGGCCUUUCGGAAAAAAGGAUUUCAAAGAGUACAACUGAUGGACUCUUUAGGCUCCCAUGAUCCUUUGUGCUAUUCUCUCUGUGAUGACAGCGCCUCCCUGUGGCCACGUGAUGAUGAUGAUGCAGAAGGGCACUUCAAGAAACAGUUUGGUCCCCUACACCCUUCAACCCUUUGAAUCUCUCCCUCAGGAGGGCAUAGGGAUGAUCUCUUCUGAAUGGAACACAGCGUAUGUUUGUGAGCUGAUGACAAACUGAGUCCCACCUCAAUAUUCGGUCUCCAUUAGGACCCCAAGAGAUCCCAUUGGCUCUAAUUACUUUUAAUAGUAACUCUCUUUAGCGCCUGAUUACAAUUCCUACAAAAUCAUGUUGUGAUAAAUGCUGUUUUAACUACAUUGUAAUGACCAUUAAUCUCUGUAUUAGUUGACUUGUGUACUAGCAUAUAGCAUACAUAUACCUGAUUAGCCUGAUAACUUCGUAAAUACAGGAAUUUGCACUUAUCCUACUCUACAUGUAUGUACUAUGUGUUAA